CACAGCCGUAAAUCCCCGCCUCCGCCUCGCCCCCGUCACCUCACUCGGGCACCCCGGAAAAUAUCUCGCCCUGCGCUUUUGCGCUUUUCCCAGGAGGCCAGAGCUCGCGUGCGGCCGACUGCUCCCUCUGAUCAAUGGCCACCGGCGGGGAGAAGCGGGCGGCGCUGUUGCGCCAGAUAAGGGAGGAGGGCGGCUUCGCGUUCGUGGCCUCCGCGGAGAAGGCGGCCGCGGGGGACCUCCGCGCGGCGGAGGCGGCGCGGGAGAUGGCAUGGGAGCAGCUGCACUCGGCGCCCUGGGGCGAGGUGGGGCCCGCGUGGCGGGACGCUUACGCGCUCGCCUGCCUCCACGUGGCCGGCAUCCGCACCGGCGACGACCGACGCGCCGCGCUCCGGGCGCUCGACAUGGGGCUCAUCAUGGGCGGGGGGCUCCUCCGCGCGGAGCUCGAGGACGCCGUCGCGCGUGUCGUCGCCGACCACCGCGGCAGCGACGAGGGGGAGACCGGCGGAUUCUGCGGGGAUGUGGAGAAGUGGAAGGAAGGGCUCGCUGGGGACCGAGACCUUGCCGAUGUACUCAAACUUCUGCCAGUGAAGUCCCUAUCUUGUAAGCAAAUUGAGAGGCGAUCAUGCAUUUCUUUGGAGGCAUUUAUACGUGAUUACUUUUUAUGCGAGUCCCCUGUUAUACUCAGUGGCUGCAUUGAUAAUUGGCCUGCAAGGACAAAGUGGAAGGACAUAAAAUACCUAGAGAGGAUAGCUGGAGAUCGGACUGUUCCAGUUGAGGUUGGGAAAAAUUAUGUGUGUACUGAGUGGAAACAGGAGCUUAUCACAUUUUCUCAGUUUCUUGAGAGGAUGUGGUCGAGUGAUUCAUCAAAAUUGACAUAUCUAGCUCAGCAUCCAUUGUUUGAUCAGAUAAAAGAGCUCCGUGAAGACAUAACAGUUCCUGAGUAUUGUUAUGCCGGUGGUGGGGAACUCCAGUCGCUUAAUGCUUGGUUAGGCCCUCAUGGGACAGUAACCCCAUUGCAUCAUGACCCACAUCACAACCUUGUUGCUCAGGUUUUGGGCAGGAAGUAUUUUAGACUCUAUUCUGCUUCCGUAUCUGGUGAUUUGUACCCUCAUACAGAAACCAUGUUAAGCAAUACUAGUCAGGUAGAUCUUGACAACAUUGAUGAAGAAGAGUUCCCGAGGGCAGGAGAUCUUGAAUUCAUGGACGGCAUAUUGGAGGAAGGAGAUAUGCUUUACAUUCCACCAAAAUGGUGGCAUUACAUAAACUAUGGAGCAGAUCAUUUGUUUUACUUGGCCGUGGAUUUAACUUUUGUAAUUACUGAUGCUAAAACAGUAACCGCUAACCAUAUUAUCCAUAUUAAGCCCUUGUCAAUCCUGUUGAUAAUGAAGUUCGUAUUCAGGGAGUUCGGUACGGUAGCACAAGUAAUUCUGGCUUGCAUACCCUGGAUUAACUAGUUAAGUUUGUGUUCUCCUCAGUGAAGAACAUAUUUUUAGAGAAAUCAGUGACAAUCAUUUGGAUUCGGAUACCAUCAUAUGAGUCUUGUGGUAUACCACGCUGUGGUCGUAGAAAGCCAGAAACACAUAAAAGCCCAUUUGGUCCAUUAAAACCCAUUUGGUUAAAAUGGUCCAUAAAAACCCAUUUGUGAGCUGCUUACCUGCCACAUGUUGAACUCUCAAAAACCUAUUUGGUCCAUUAAAACCCAUUUGGUCCAUUAAAAUGGUCCAUAAAAACCCAUUUGUGAGCUGCUUACCUGCCACAUGUUGAACUCUCUUGCAGCAGUACUGCAGAGAUGGAAAUUUUCUAUGAUAUUCUAAUUUUUUUAUUUUCCUAUGCUUUGUUAACGGUGAACUUGCGUUGAUGCGUUAAACCUGACGGCAAUGGCAAAAGCGAAAUGAACACUAAUGGAAGAGUGGGAAGAGAAACGAACUAGUUUUGGAUGGCAAAAGGGAUUAUAAAGCUCAAACAAAUGGCAAAAAUAUUAUUCUUCUCAUGAACAAAUUUGCUACGCAAGGAGGUUGUUGACAUUUUUGCUACAUCUGAGCAUGUGAAAAUCGGGGUUGAA